CGAACACACACAUACGUACACAAGUAUAAGAGCUUAAAAGAGUGCUCGAAGUUUUUUUGGAGAGGUUUAAUAUCAACUUAUUGAAAUGACUACUACUACUACUACUACUAGUAUGCACAUUACUUUUGCAAGACCCUUAUCUUCUCAUGAAGUUUCAAAAUCCGGCAUUGCUAAUAAAUUUAGUAAAGACUUUGGAGGAUUAUCAUGUUCAAAGCAUAAAAGCUUAUGCAACGUUUCUUCAAGACGGUUAUCGUCUCAGAAUGUAAAAUCUAGUUCUUUGAGAUUUGGAAAGAUAAUCACAAAAGCCACCUCAGAUUCUAGUGACCCAAAACCUCUUCCAGGGCUGCCUAUUGAUCUAAGAGGAAAAAGAGCAUUCAUUGCUGGUAUAGCUGAUGAUACUGGAUAUGGUUGGACAAUAGCAAAAUCUCUAGCUGCUGCUGGUGCUGAGAUUCUUGUUGGCACAUGGGUCCCUGCAUUCAACAUAUUCGAGACUAGCCUUCGAAGGGGGAAGUUUGACAAAUCACGUGUAUUGCCAGAUGGAUCUUUGAUGAAUAUUACUAAAGUGUACCCUUUAGAUGCCAUCUAUGAUACACCUGAAGAUGUUCCCGAGGAUGUAAAAUCUAACAGGCGUUAUGCCGGGUCCUCAAAGUGGACCGUUAAGGAAGUAGCUGAAUCUGUAAAAGAGGAUGUUGGCAGCAUCGACAUUUUUGUGCAUUCAUUAGCCAAUGGACCUGAGGUUACCAAACGUCUCUUACAAACAUCAAGGUCUGGGUACCUGGCUGCCAUCUCAGCAUCAAGCUAUUCUUUUAUAUCUUUGCUGAAACAUUUUUUCCCAAUAAUGAACCCAGGCAGUGCUACAAUUUCUCUGACCUACAUAGCUUCUGAAAGGAUCAUACCGGGCUACGGUGGAGGUAUGAGUUCAGCCAAGGCUGCUUUGGAGAGUGACACACGAAUGUUGGCAUUUGAUGCUGGAAGAAAACAAGGAAUCCGAGUGAACACAAUUUCUGCAGGACCAUUAAGAAGUCGUGCUGCCCAAGCGACUGGUAUCAUUGAUCAUAUGAUCAAUUAUUCGUUAGAAAAUGCACCGCUGCAAAAAGAACUAUUAGCAGGGGAGGUCGGAAAUGCUGCUGCUUUCCUGGCAUCACCGCUGGCUUCAGCCAUCACGGGGACAGUCUUGUAUGUGGAUAACGGCCUAAAUGCUAUGGGCGUUGGAAUUGAUAGCCCUGCUUUUAAAGAUGUUGAUAUCUCACUAUACACAAAUUAAGUUAGUCACCAAGCGCAAUCUCGUUCACUUUAAAAUAAAAGAUGUUUUCCUUCACAUGUUUCAGUUACAAUGUGUAUGUUCUACUAUCAACUUUAGCAUUUCCAGAUUUAAGGCGAUCAUGCAACAAACAAAAGGAUGUGCAUGCACAUUGAAACCAGUAAUGGCAUUGCGUCUCCAAAAUUUAUGAAUAAAGAUACCUUUGUAGUAUUAUAAGUAUGACAUGCAUCUGUGUGAUGAUUUUACUUCAACUUUUAAUGGCUAUU